CUGCCCCCGAGCCGGAUCUGCGCAGGCCGCCCCUUUGCUGCGCUGCUCUGAGAUGCUGCGCUGUGCGGUGCGCGGAAAGGACGAUUGCCCGGGGGGUCGGGCGUGCGGGGUGGGGGAGGCCGACGUUUCCCGUGGGGCGUCGCGAAGGCCGCUUAGGGCCGAGGCCCCGGGCUCCGGAGGCGGCGCGGCGGCCGCUGCUUUCGCGCCGGGCCCAGUUCCCUGCAUCUCCAUUCCAGCCACCCAGGGGCUGGCGCAGGGGCAGCCUCCCGCCGACACCAAAGCACCUCCUGCCCUGCCGGGUCCGUGGGGCACGCCAGGCAAGAAAUGGCCCCGAUCUCCUGUGUUUCUCUCCCCGUUCCUCCUCCCAGGUAACCAGAAGGUGGAGCUGGGCGCGCACUGGAUCCAUGGCCCAUCCCCCGCGAAUCCCGUCUUCCGGCUGGCCGCAGAGCACGGUCUGCUGAGCGAGGAGGCACUGAACGAGGAGAACCAGUCGGUGGAGGCAAGUGACCUCCCACCCGGGCCCUGGUCCUUUUAUGGUAGCCGCGGUGGCUUGCUCAGCCCCAGCCUGGUGGCCUCCACAGAGGACUUCUUCGAUGCCCUGUUGGAAGAGGCACGCCAGUUUGCCCUGCUCCUCAGGGACAAGGGACCCCCUUCUGUGCCUAGCCUGGGCCAGUACCUGAAAGGCCAGAUCGCCCAGAGGGCAGCCAAGGAAUGGCCGGAGGCGGAGGCUCAGCGGCACCUGCGGCUGGCCAUACUCAAUGUGCUCUUCAAGCUGGAAUGCAGCGUGUGCGGCUGCCACAGCCUGGAUGAGGUGGCACUUGGGCCCUUUGGCGAGUACACCAUGUUGCCUGGUCUUGACUGCACCCUUCCCAAUGGCUAUGAAAGCCUUGUGGAGUGCAUAGUGGCAUCGCUGCCCGAAGAGAGCUUACUGUUUGAUAAGCCAGUGAAGACCAUUCAUUGGGGAGGCUCUUAUUUGGAAGAGGCAACUCCAGGCCGGCUCUUUGAUGUUCAGGUGGAAUGUGAAGAUGGCGAGAAGAUCGUAGCAGAUCAUGUUCUUAUCACAGUGCCUCUAGGCUUCCUCAAAGAACAUCAUGAGACCUUUUUUUGCCCUCCGCUUCCAUCCCAGAAGAUUGCAGCAAUAAGGCGUCUGGGCUUUGGGACAAAUAAUAAAAUCUUUUUGGAAUUUGAGGAGCCAUUCUGGGAGCCAGAUUGUCAAGCAAUUGAGAUCGUAUGGGAAGACGAAUCACCUUUGGUACAGCCAUCCAUGGAUUUGCAGGCUGUCUGGUUCCAGAAGAUUGCUGGCUACGUUGUUCUUCAGCCACCAGAGAGGUACGGGCACAUCCUCUGUGGCUUCAUUGCUGGAAAAGAAUCUGAAUUCAUGGAAACACUCACAGAUGCUGAAGUUCUUACUGCCUUAACCCAAGUAUUUCGUAAAGCAACAGGGAAUCCACAUCUGAAGCCUCCCAAGAGCAUUCUGAGAUCCAAGUGGCACAGUGAGCCCUACACCAGAGGUUCCUACAGUUAUGUAGCAGUUGGUAGCUGUGGAGAGGACAUUGACGCACUUGCUCAGCCACUUCCUGAGGAAGCCUCUUAUUCCAAGCCCUUGCAGGUUCUUUUUGCAGGAGAAGCCACACACCGCUCAUUCUAUUCUACCACGCACGGGGCCUUGUUAUCUGGCUGGAGAGAAGCAGAUCGCCUCAUUGCCCUUUAUGGGUCCCCAUAGCUCCUUUCUGCUGAUGGAACUCUUCUUCAGGAAUUAUGAAGUGAUAAUUCAGCAUUAGUAUUACGCUGCAUUAAUAUCUCAUCUUUCUUCCUCUUACAAGGAACAUAAGUGGGGGUGGGGUCACCAGGUUCUCUUUGUUUUUCUUGGAAGAGGAAGAAGAGCAGGAAUGUAGUUCUCGCCCAGUAGACCUUCGUCAUCAGUUUGGUAAAUGGCUUGGGACCACAAUACUUGGUGCAGCAUCAGCCUGCUGGGACGCUGCACUUGACAUCUGAGGCCUUCCUCUGGGUGCCCCCUCCAAACGAGGCUUGGACUAGAGCAGCAAGGAGGAGGAGAGCUGCUCAGUGGCGGGCCUCUAUCCCCACUGAGCUCUGCCUGGCGCCAAGUGUUGCUCUUUAAAUGGCAGGUUAAAGCUGCUGUCCUCACUGAGGUGUUCAGGGGCAUCUAGGGAUACUGACCAGCGUGAUGCAGCACCUGUGUGAGCUGCUUUUAGUCGGUCUGGUUUGUAGCAAGGAUCGUUUUAAUCAUGAGAUUGUUCUUUAAUUUUGUAUAUUAGGCAACUUUACACUUUAUUGUACUAUGGUCUUGUGUUUAUGAAUUCUAGUAAAGCAGAGAGCUCUGGCUAUAUGGAAAAUAAAUAAAUAAAAUUAAAAUA